AUGGCGAAGAUCCUCCUAAAACUCUCCUCCACUGUCCCCUUCGUCCUCACAAUUCUCUCAUUCUUCUCAAUCUUCGCCAUCAUAGAAUCAAAGCCUUUCUCCCGAAACCUAUCCCCAUCAUCCCUAGCGCUGAAGAGAGAGAAACUAAGCCACCUCCACUUCUACUUUCAUGACAUAGUCAUUGGUAAAAACCCAACCUCUAUCACUGUAGCCCAAGCACCCACAACAAACGCCUCGUCACCCUUUGGUGCGGUGGUGAUGAUUGAUGACCCUUUGACGAUCAACCCCGAUUUCAACUCCAAACUUGUUGGCAAAGCACAAGGGAUUUAUGCUUACACAUCACAAACUGAAGUUAGCGUAUUAAUGGCAUAUAACUUUGCUUUCAUGGAAGGGAAAUAUAAUGGCAGCAAUCUUAGCGUUUUGGGGAGUAACUCGGUGUUGUUUCCUGUCAGAGAAUUGCCGGUCGUUGGUGGGAGCGGGGUUUUCAGGUUUGCUCGUGGCUAUGCCGAAGCAAGGACUCAUUCAUUUGAUUCCAAGACCGGGAACGCUGUUGUGGAAUAUGAUGUCUAUGUUUUUCAUUAUUAAUAAAUGAGCUAAUCUGUUUGCUAUUUGAUUGGAUUUUCUCUCAUUUAAAGCACCGGCUUUGCCUUUG